GGCCACGCCACGAGCCUGCAGCUUCGCCCAACCAGAAACAGUUGACCAAACGUUUUCCCCCAACAAAAGUUUCAACAGCUUGUUUGAUGCGGCAGGUAAAAAGUUGCAUUGGAUUUUCAUGCUCUCGACAUACAGUACGGGCGCGCUAUGUCGUCUACCGCCCGGAAGAGAGAUGCCAUGUGUAUCCUAGAGUUCAUGACUUGCUCGAAACAUGGAGUUGACGAGAAUGCUCGUUGUCCAAGUCACACGACAAGGUCCAUCAGCACGAGAGAAGAGCAGGAGCGAACGAGACUGGGGUGAUUGUCAGAAUCCCAUCCACUGCCUCUAAAAGGCGCCUUCCCGUGACGACCACCAUUUCUACCUCCUCAGAUAGAGAAUUGCAGAUCAGAGAAAGCGCGGGGUUCACGGUAGGAUUCCCCCGGUCUUGUUUUCUGUAUCUAUCGUAUCCGACCGAGUAUAUCGAUGGCGGGGAUACGAUCAAAAGGAAAAUCUUUGGAUGAUAAGAAUGACCAAAGAUGCAAUCAAAACGUUGCACUGCAAUGUCGCGUGCCUGUCAAACAUUUCCAUUGCGUCGAGCGAUGAAUGACGAUCGGGGCAUGGGCAGUGUCGGAGCGUGCGAUGGAAAACAAUGGAAAUCAAAGGCCAUUGAAAGAAACGACACCGCCGAAGGACCACAGCAAAGCCGAGCACGAGUCUGUCCACGUGCUCAUGUGCAUGGGCUUCUUCUUUUUACUGGUUUUUCUUUUUUGACACCAACCGUUGACCCACAUGACGAUUCCUGGGCGGCCGCAAAAACGUGGUGUGUAGCGUGUUUGAUGUUUUGCAUCUUUUAAAGUCGCCAGCCAUCAGUUUAGAUCACUUGUUCGUUUUUCCGUCGAGCAGAUUACUUGUCGCAUUGUAAAAAGUGAUUGUAAAAGGUGACCAAUGGGUCUCGACCAGCUCUCCAAUAUGCUACUUUGUUAUUGCGCAAUAAAUCGUUUUGACAGUGUCAUUCCGCUGGUCAAUGGCUAGCAUUACGUAAUCCGACGAAGCCUUGCCCUAGAUCAAUCCCCCCAAAAGUGGUCCUUGGAGUGUCAACCAAGUUUAAACAUGUUGUUAAAUUUGACAAUGCAAACUGUAGGGGAUAUGUUCUGGAUGACGCGCGCGCAAAUAAAGGGAUACCAAAACAAACAAACUAUAUACAACAUCCCAUCUUGCAUCACAUCUGUCGUCGUCUGCUUCUAUUGCACCAAUACAUGACGGUCAGGUCUUCCAGCCUUCUUUCCAUUCCUGGACAUGUCCGCCCGUCGUUAGAUGUUGAGAAGGAUGCAGCAGGCGAAAUGGAGCGGCUUUUGUUUGUGGAGAGAGGAGAGGACGAGGAGGAGGACAGAGAGGGAGAGGAAGUUAGGGGAGCCCCCAGUGUGGUAUCGUCGACUGUCAACUUGAUCAAUACCAUACUUGGGACACAAAUGCUGAGUAUGGCUUACGCAUUUGGAAAACUCGGUCCUGGCCUCGGAACUAUCCUCCUUCUCCUUUUCGCUUUUUUCACUCGCUCAUCGCUGCGUCUUCUUGUCACGUCCGCUCAACGAAUCCCACACCAUGACACGCGCAACGCUCGCCUAACAGAGCCCGGCACGCCAUCCUAUGCAACGCUUGCCCGCGCAGCGUUUGGGAAUUCUGCGGCACCAGUGGUGGAUGCCAUGAUGGUUCUUGCGUGUCUUGGAUUUGCGAUUAGUUAUCUGGUGAUGCUCAUGGAUGGGAUGCCGAGAGUUCUUUGGGAGGUUGUGCCGGGAUGGGAUGGAAGUGGAGCAUGGAUUGUGCAAGUCCUAAGUGGAGGCAAAUUUUGGUUGUUUGCGUCGCUCCUUCUCAUUGUCCCACUUUCCUUUUCCCGUGAUGUGGAUGAUUUCAAAUGGUUCUCUGGCACGGCCUUGGCUUGUGCAGUCUACAUGGCCGGUGUGGUCGUGUAUUGUUAUUUCAGCGGUGAAGGCCAACACGAAGGGCCACGGGUUCCAACCACCUCGCCUGAGCGGCCAUGGUUUAUUUUCACGGAUAAAGCGAUGGGUGUUUUGCCUAUUUUUGUGUUUGCUUUUACCUGUCAUCAAAAUAUGUUUGCCAUCUAUAAUGAACUUGCGGCUGCGGAGAAAAAUGUAAAGGUUGCGCGCAGCUCCGACCCAGAUGUGACCCUCCGCCAUAUUCAUCUCAUUACGGAUGUCUCGGUUGCGGCCUGCUUUAUUAUUUACUUUGCAGUAGGAGUGGCCGGCUACCUCACCUUUGGCGACAAUGCCGACAUGGUGUUGUUGAAUAACUAUGCCGCGAUCCCAGCAACAACAUUAGCACGAGUCUCCUUUGUUCUCCUCUCCGCAUUCUCUUACCCCAUCCAACUUCAUCCAUGCCGUGCGGCCCUCGACUCGCUCUUGAUGCAUUUUAGUCCGGCCAAGGCCCGGCCGACUCUGCAUCAUUAUACCUCUCUACAACAUCUGACACCAGGACAGUCGCCACGACAUCGAGAGUCUAUCAUUCGCAAACGUAUGACAUUAUUUCUUUUGGUACUCAGCUAUCUCUGCGCCGCUUGCGUUCCUCCAGCCAUGUUGGAUAAAAUACUAGUGUUUCUUGGUGCCACGUGUGGCAGUGCAGUCUGUUAUGUCUUACCUGGAAUGAUAUUUAGAAAGGUGGGUGAAGCUGGGGAGGGGUGGGAAGCAUUUGUGGCUGUUACGGUGGAGGUGAUUGGGGCUGCUUGUGGUUGUGUGGGCAUCGUGUAUUGCUUGGUGUGAACGAACUGGGCGGGUAACAUUAGACAUAUACCUAACAAUCAACUAAUCACGUAUUGUUUUGGCCGAGAUUUGAACGGUUGUUAAUGCUCAGAAUGAAUUAUAUCAA